GGUGGCUUAAGAAGUGCGGUAAGAAUUGAAUUAUAGAUAGAUUUAUGCGGAGGUAAAAUUACGAUUGAGUAUUGUUUUAAACACAGUUUUGAUAAAUGAAACAUUUCUGAUAUUCUAAAUACUUCGUUUGUCGCUAGAAUAUGUAAUCUGUCAAAAGUGACUGGAGGAGAAAUGAAAAUCAUUCAAUUUUGCAUUUUCUCACCUUCCAUUUAUGAGUUAUUUGCAGGAAGUGUUUCACAUUUCUGUUAGAAAUGCGUAACCCAACUACACGUACUGUACACUGAUGAAAAAAUACGAACUUUUAUCUGAAUUUAAAUGUAAUAAAACUUCCCAAGCCAAAUGUGCAAAACAAGAAAACCUUCCAAGAACAACAUUGAUAGGAAUUCUGAAGAAAAAAAGAGGAAAUUAAGAAACUUUCUUGGGUUGUUGUUGUGACUGUCUCGAAAACGCCAGAGAAAGUUGUCAUACAAAGAUGCUCUAGUAUGUUGGCUGAAGCAAAUUCAUUCAUUGAAUCUUCCUGUUUCAGGGCCAGUACUGAAACAAAAAGUGAUGAAAAUUGCUGAGGUUCUUGGAGUAAAAACCAACUUUAGUUCCAGUGAUGAAUGGUCAGAGAUACAUUGUAUAUGAAAAAGUUGUAUUAUAAAUGCCUGAAACACAGAUUCAGUAUUCUGAAAAAUAUUAUGAUGAUGCUUAUGAAUACAGACAUGUUAUUCUUCCACCAGAAAUUGCAUCAUUAGUUCCCAAAACACAUCUUAUGACAGAAACAGAAUGGAGAAAUUUAGGAGUUCAACAGUCUCCUGGUUGGGUACAUUAUAUGGUCCAUACACCAGAGCCCCACAUUUUGUUGUUUAGACGUCCUGUAGCAAAAACAAAGCAGUGAAGAUUUGUGUGGAUUGUUUUCAAGCAACAUAAUUAAUUCUCUGCUAAACACAAUUAAACAAAGUAUUUGCUUUUUCUUAAUUGUUUUGUAAACUUCUUAUAGACUAUACAGUAUUCAUUUAUGUAUGUUGUAAAUUAUAAAUAAAAGA